AUGCUCGGUCGCGCCUUUUGGAGAGAUUCUCUCCAAGAAACGCCGCGCAAAUCCUUUCAGCUCUCCCUCUUGCUUGACGAUGAAGAUUAUCGAGAUGAACACACGACUCUACGCUUCAUGAAAGACAGUUGGACUGAGGCUUUAUUUGGUGACGAGUUUCAUUCACCGAGGUCGCCAAUACACCACAGUGGCCUAGAUCACGGAAACAAAUUGCUCAUCAUAUUCCGUCUUCUUGUUUCGAUGGAUCAUCCGGCCCUGAGUAUCCUUGGUGACCUUCUGCCGUUUCGCGCCCCAAUCGAUUUCUAUUCACGUUAUCUUGUCUCGACAAGCGAAUACUACGACACAUGUUUUCCUAGUACAUUCGCAGUGGUCCUGGGUGAUGGCGAUAUUCACGGAGAACAUAUAUAUCGUUUUCGUCUGGGAAGAUCUAUUUUCAGAGCGGAAAGCUGCAGCUGGGUGAUACUAAUAGCACUGCGCAAUACAGAUCCAAGGCUCAGAGUACAACUACUCGGAGCGAGUCUAUCCAGACUGUGCUGGUCAUCAGUCGGUCAUUGGGCUAUAGAGCUCUGUUCAUUGUUGUGCAUCCACGGCCCGAUUCUCGCAGUUAUUUUGCGAACUGGUGCUAUUGUGAAAUGGAAAAUUCUAUUUGAUAUUGAGAUCCAAGGCGCGAUGCAAAGAGAAAGGAGUCAGGCCUAUAGAAUGAGAGAUGGAGGGUUAAUCACAAACUGUCUGCAUAUUUGCUUGGCGAUGCUAAAUGUUGAAAGGCUUCCUGACGACAGGCAACGUCUGUCACUUUGGCUGGUUCUCAAUCUAUCGUUCAGUUUUCAGCAGAAAGUACCUCUCCAGACGAGGAUCAAGCGGGCGGACGCCUCGAAUUACCAGAGUCGGUGGUUCUUGAAAGGAACGACCAGAGACGUCAAUCAGGGACAAGACUGUGCAGAUGGUACCCAAAACAGAGGAAGUCACUCGGAAAAGGGACAAAAACAUAACAAACAAAAUGCCCGACCACUCCAAAGACCAUUGUCAUGGCCUUUCCGAUCCGGUCAGAAAAGAUCGGCGACCUCGGAAGAACUCCCAGAAGAGGAUGACAAUGAUGGAUCAAGUGACAAGAACCCCCACAAGAGACGACGUCUUGAGAACGAUAAGACGAAUCCUAGGUUUGCUUGCCCCUUCUUCAAGCACAGCCCUACCAAGUUCAUUGGGGAACGGUCGUGUUGCGGGCCAGGAUGGAUUAACGUUCAACGAGUCAAAGAGCACAUAUUCCGGAAGCAUGCGGCCCCAGAAUUCCAAUGUUCGAGGUGCUUUACCGACUUUGAACGCCAUUCAGAUUUAGAUGAACACCAACGGAGUACGGUGGCAUGCGAAGUUCGCGAUAGACCAUCAGCUCCACUCCAUGUUGACAAGGGGACAAUGCAACUGUUAAAGCAGCGAAAGAAAUCUACAGGUCCUGUGACGGAAUCGGAUAAGUGGUAUACUAUGUAUGAAAUUAUAUUUCCCCACGAAACUCACGUUCCGAGUCCUUAUUAUGAGCUGGAGGAGAAAGUGCUUACGAGUCCUUCGGAAGCUACUGUGGAGGAAAUGUUCCAGAAGAAUCUAAAAGAAACAUUACCAGUAGAGGCCCUAACAGACAUGAGAUUGAUGAAUCUCAUAAUGCCUGGUGUUAUGUCCGCUUUCAAUAGGACAUUGUCAGCCUUGAACGAUCAAAAGACGACUGUUCUACCCGUUGAUAUCCAGCAAACGAUAACCACUAGUACGAGCUCAUGGCCUGAAGAUACUAGACGGUAUGCAGUGGAAAGGAGCCCAUCUCAAGCUGACAUAACGGUCAAAGAUGAACCCACAAACAUGUGUAUACCUUUAUCUCACUUUGAUUCCGCCAAUCAGUUUCAGAUGCAUACGUCUAGUCUUGGGUUGGACAGCAUGCAAUCAGAGGCAAAUACAAGCGAUACUUCAUGGGAAGCAGUACCAAAUAGCGCAGUUUUUGUCGAUACAACUCAUAAUGAGUGGAAUUUUGGCGACGAUGCGAUUGCGGAAACUGGAAACAUUCAAAUGGAUCAAUGGAUACCAUUCGACUAUGGUUGUGUUUGGAGUGAAGAGGUUCCAAGGGAUUAG